GGUUCGAAACAAUGGCGACAAACUGUUUAUCAAUAACAGAGCAAUGGAUACGAGAAAAGCUAAAUCUGCAGCACAACUGCCUGGCGGAUGUUCGAUCAUUGUGCCUACCGGGAACGUAUGAAACGGGCAAAAUAUGUAACUUGGGGAUUUCUCUCAAGAAUUUUGUUCGCCUGAAAAUUCUGGAUCUUUCGCAUAAUGCUCUUGUCUCUGUUGAGGGAAUUGUGCAUUUAAACCUGCUUGAGACACUUAAUUUGUACUACAACCAAAUAUCGUCUCUUCAAGACAUCCUGGCUUUACGCAAACUUCAAAAUUUAAUUGAGUUGGAUUUGAGACUCAACCCUGUGGUGAAAAAAGAACCGUUCUACCGCCUGUACUUAGUCUAUGCAAUAUCCACACUUCGUAAACUUGAUGACUGUGCUGUAAGAGACAGAGAGAGAAAAGCAGCUCUGAUGCACUUUUCUGUAGAGUCAGCAUAUGAGGCGAGUCAGAAACCUACGCUUUUUACAGAGGAGAAGGGGAACAGCAGUGCACCCAGGAUUGCCUCGGUUAGGAGGGUGGUGAUGAGGAAGUUCACACUCAGAGAGGGUAAUGAGGAAACAGUACAAAAUCACAAACCUAAUGGGGACAGGGGCAAAAAUAUAUCAGAAGACUCCUCUCAUCAUCACACUGAAAACAGGAGUGAACCAGAGUCCAUUCCCUCACCAGAAAAUGCCUCUGAAAUUAUACAUUUAAUAAACGAUUGUGGUUCUGGGAUGUUGUCUUCAAAAGAUCAGGAGUCUAAACCCAAUAUUAGGAAAGGGCGUGGUAAAGGUGGGACUGUUAUCCAGCAUGCUGACCAGUGUCGCCACUUUCUGAAAUCGAGUGAUGCACCCAGAGUCACUUUUCUGGAUCCAUUUGUUACAAGACACAGUUCUGCAUUGCUGUGGCCAAAGUCAGCAAAGAACAGGUCCCACGAUAGAGUACAGGCUAAGAGCAGCUUCACACCACAUCCCAGCAGCAACAUGGCUGAUCUGCAAGACCAACAGCGAGCUGGCUUGUUAACGCGUUACUCUGAAAGUGAGCCAAACCCAGUGCUGCAUCCCCCCAGACUAACACACAGGAGGUCUGAUGAUGGUGAGCACAGAGAGAAACCCACCACAGUCCCAAAGAGAGCAGGCAGGCCCUUCACGGGAAUCUGUGAGAAGCCGAUGGAGCUCCUCCUCAAUUUAGUGGAAGAGUACUGGUGUGGAAAGAACAAGGGCCACGAUCCCAAGCACUUCCUCGUACACGCUGUCCGGAUCCUUCGUACGAUGGAGCAGGAGGCUGCAAAUGGGGAGGAGGAAAGGAAGGCUCUGAGGGAGAGGAUCCGAGUACUGAGGAGCGUGCGGAGAAGCAGGAGACAGCACCAGUCCGAGAUCCAGAGCCUCUCUGAGAAGCUACAGAAGGCACACAGCUCAUCGUAAGUGUUAGGCCUGAGUGGACUGAAUGGAUUGUGCUCAAUCAGAAGCAGUCAGAUUGAAUUAAAUGGAGUCUAACUGAUUGCAUGAAUAGCAAACUGUUAGACUCACAUUUGUAAAUGUUAAACAGCUAUUUGGCAGGACAGUAUUGAGAACUGCAAGAACACAGGCUUUUAAAUAUUAAACAGGGUUUCAAGAACACUGCUGGCAAACUUAAAAUUAGUCCUGAGAUGACCCAAUAGGCCUGUUAUAAGAAAUUAAUGAGCGAAUCUAUGAAGACAUCAAAGUCUGGCUAUAUAGG